AUGGGCAAGAAGCGUGUUCUCAUCGGUUACGGUGUAGACGUCGAUGCCGUCUCAGGCUGGCUUGGCUCUUACGGCGGGGAGGACUCAUCAAAUGACAUUAGCAGAGGCCUCUUUGCUGGAACGGUUGGUGUGCGGAGAAUGCUCAAGCUGUUCGCCAAGUACGACAUAAAGGCCACUUGGUUCAUUCCUGGCCACAGUCUCGAGACAUUCCCCGAGGAGAUGGCCGCGGUGCGCGACGCUGGGCAUGAGAUUGGGCUUCAUGGUUACUCCCAUGAGAACCCGACGGACAUGUCGCUCGAGCAGCAACAGGACGUGUUGGACAAGACGUACAAGAUGCUUACUGACUUUGUCGGUAAGCCGCCGCGUGGUAGUGUGGCACCAUGGUGGGAGACUAGCAAGGCCGGCGCGCAGCUCCUCCUCGACUACGGCAUCCAAUACGACCAUAGCAUGAGUCACCACGAUUGCCAGGCAUACUAUCUCAGGACAGGCGACUCGUGGACCAAUAUUGAUUACACCAAGAAGGCGGAGGAAUGGAUGAAGCCGCUGGUGAAGGGCCAGGAAACUGGCCUUGUAGAGAUUCCGGCCAACUGGUACCUGGACGACCUACCGCCCAUGAUGUUCAUCAAGUCCGCGCCUAAUAGCCACGGAUUUGUAAAUCCUCGGGACAUUGAGGAUCUCUGGCGGGAUCAGUUCGAUUACUGUUACCGCGAGUAUGACGAGUUCAUCUUCCCCAUUACUGUCCAUCCGGAUGUUUCCGGUCGGCCGCAGGUGCUCCUCAUGCACGAGAGACUUAUUGAAUAUUUCAAGAAACAUGAGGGCGUAGAGUUCGUCACAAUGGAGGAGAUGGCCGCAGAGUUCAGGAAAAAGAAUGAUCCAGCUCCAGGAGCAGUGUUGCCCGCGGCACCGGGGGCCAUCCUCAGACCUGGUUUGUUUUAG